CACACCCCGCAGAGCCAUGGAGCGGCUCCCACAGCUGGUGCUGUGUGUUGCCAUAGUGGUUGUUGUCUCCUGUUCUGGAUCACAAGAAGAAAACUCUUCUUCACCAAAUCCACCUCAGAAGCUCUCUGUGAUAAAAAAUAGGAUGGUUUCAUUGCAUCAGCCUUCUAAACCAGAAGUCUCUUGUGUCAUCGGCUCAAGCUGUUCAUGGGUGACGUCUACAGACAGUUUUGGAAAACCGGACUGGGUGUUAUCUUCCAUUGGUGUCCUGGUGUCUCAGGAGAGGCAGCAGCUGCUUCUGGAAAACGGUUCCUCCUGUGGAGAUGUCGAAGGGGACAUUUUCCUUCUGAACACCAGUAGGCUCCCAGAUAGAUGUGAGUUCAGCCUGCAUAGUCCCAUCCUGCUCGGGAGCUUGGACUCUUGCUUGCUGGAACUGGCCAUUUGUUCACAGGAUGCUGUUCCUCUCCUUCAGAGGUUCACAGUUGACAUUGGAUAUGUGGAGACAAACAAAAAUACAAUGAUUUCUCUGGGAGUUGACCAUGAGGAGAAUGCUGGGAUGAAGUGGAAAUACCUGGUGGCCCAGAUUGGACGAAUAGAAAGACCUUUUAAAAUCACCCUGCUAUAUUCAAACUGUGGAGCACAGGAGGCUGGAGUACUGGCAGUGGGCUCCUUGCAGCUCAGGAACUGCUUUCAUGAUAAAGAAAAUCAAGAUCUUUUUAUAUAUGACAAAGGCUCCACCUUCCCCUGCCUUCAUGGAGGCUGUGUCAGCCACCUACAGAUCUGUGAAUUCAUCAGUGACUGCCCCACCAAAGAACAGGAAGGAGAGAGAUGUGACGGUCUCCCAGAGGGCUCACACUGCUCUUUUGAAGAGGGUCCAUGUGGCUGGACACUGAAUGAAACUACAGGAUCUCCUUGGUCUAUUCAGGGCUUUUCUGAAAUGAUUCAAGAUGACUCAUUGGUAGGGUCUACCUUGCAAGCCACUGGUGGACAUUUCCUCUACCUGCGAGCGGACAGCACUCAGACGAGUGGUAUGGCUAAGGCUUACAGUACCAGCUUGCCUGCCACUAUUGCCACUGAAGGCUACCAGAUCCAGUUCUCAGUGCAUGUAUUUGGCAGCUACAAUGGUACUGUCUCGUUCUCUGUCAAGGAAGAAAUAAAGGGAGCUCCAGUCAUUUUGCCAAUGUGGGAAAGGGCAGGGAGCUGGAGUGACCACUGGUUUCUCAUCACCUUACCAAUGCCAGUGCUUCAGAACCGGUUUGAACUGCAACUCCUGGCUACCUGGGGCUGGAAUUCCCAAGCUGACAUUGCUAUCGACAAUAUUACAUUUGGACUGGACUGCUUCACUGACGGAAGAAAACCAAAUAAUUUUGGUGGGAAACGCCAGUACCCACAUGAGAUUAGUAUGGAUGAGCGUCUUCUGAAACCUCUGGAAGAGCCCUCCCUCUCAGGAGACACAACUGUUGUUCUCUGGUGGUUCUCAACAUGUGGUGCCAGUGGUCCACACGGGCCAACUCAAGCUCAGUGCGACAGUACCUAUAAGAACAGCAGUGUGACAGUGACUGUGGAGAAGGAGGGCAGGCUCCGGGGAGUGCAAGUCUGGAGAGUGCCAGCCACAAACCGAUACAGGAUUUCUGCCUAUGGAGCAGCUGGAGGCAAGGGAGCCAAAAAUCACAAUAAGAGGUCCCACGGGGUCUUCAUCUCAGCCACCUUCCACCUGGAGAAAGAUGAACUGCUGUACAUCUUAGUGGGGCAGCAGGGAGAGGACGCUUGUCCUGGGAGCAAUCCUGAAACCCAGAAGAUCUGCUUAGGGGAGUCAUCUCUCAUUGAAGAAGAUUACAGAAAAAAAAAGGAUCUGAGGGAGUGGGCUGGAGGAGGUGGGGGUGGAGGAGGAGCAACCUACAUCUUUAGACAGAAGGAUGGGAUUUUCGAACCUUUGCUCAUCGCAGCAGGAGGAGGAGGAAAAGCCUACCUGAAGGCUCAAGACAGCUCCCUGGAUGAUGUACCCCUGGAGCAAUUUGAGAACAGCACUGCAGUACCUGGAGUCAGUGGAAGGACUGGGGCAUCAGGUGGAGGUGGUGGCUGGCAAGAUGAGAGUCUUCUUCCUCAGGCUGGGAAGUCCCUUCUGGAAGGUGGAGAGGGAGGUCAAGCUUGUCCCCAAGCACUAGACAAGCUCCAGUGGGCCACCUCUGGUGGUUUUGGUGGGGGAGGAGGAGCCUGUACUUCUGGAGGAGGAGGCGGAGGGUACAGAGGAGGGCAUGCCUCUGAUAAGGAUGAUAUUACAGCUGGUGGGCAGGAUGGCAUCUCUUUUGUGAACCCCAUUGGAGAGAUCUUCUUGCAUCCCUUGGCAGCCAUGGAGAGUCACGGUGAGGUGGAGGUUCAGAUCUAUCUUAACUGCAGCCACUGCCACUCAGACAACUGUAAGCGGGACCCUGACACCAACCUGCCAGUCUGCCAGUGUGAGAUGGGGGCUGUGCUAGCCAAUGACAAUGUCACCUGCACUGUGCCCCAGGGUCCUAUCCCAGAGGGACACCUGUCUCUUCCCCUCCUCCUAGCUGUGGUGUCUGUGAUUGUGGUGCUUGGAAUGAUCCUCACUUGCGGCAGCCUAUCUAUCAUUUAUUACCUUAAGAAGCAGCAGCUGGAUGGAGCCAGAGCACGACUGCAGAGUCCAGAAUAUAAACUGAGCAAAAUCCGUACAUCUGCCAUCAUGACGGAUUACAACCCCAACUACUGCUUCGCAGGGAAGGCUGCCACUCUAAGCGAGCUGAAGGAGAUCCCACGGAAGAACAUCUCUCUGCUUCGGGCACUAGGACAUGGUGCAUUUGGUGAGGUUUAUGAGGGAACUGUGGUAGGCAUUGGAGGGGAUCCCAACCCUCUACAAGUUGCUAUCAAGACCCUGCCAGAAGUCUGCUCUGAGCAAGAUGAGAUGGAUUUCCUGAUGGAAGCAUUGAUUAUCAGUAAGUUCAAUCACCAGAACAUCGUGCAGUGCAUUGGUGUCAGCCUACAGACGCUGCCUCGCUUCAUCCUGCUUGAGCUCAUGGCUGGAGGAGAUAUGAAGAGCUUUCUUCGGCAGAAUCGACCCAGGAUGAAUCGGCCAUCCAUGCUAACAAUGCAGGACCUGCUGAACAUAGCUAGGGAUAUUGCCUGCGGCUGUAAAUAUCUGGAAGAGAAUCAUUUCAUUCACAGAGAUAUAGCUGCAAGGAAUUGCCUUUUGACCUGUACUGGAGCAGGACGAAUAGCCAAAAUCGGUGACUUCGGGAUGGCCAGGGAUAUUUACAGAGCAAGUUACUACCGCAAGGGAGGAAGAGCUAUGCUUCCUGUAAAGUGGAUGCCACCAGAAGCUUUUCUAGAGGGUAUUUUCACCUCCAAGACUGACACCUGGUCCUUUGGUGUGCUGCUUUGGGAGAUUUUCUCUCUAGGCUACAUGCCCUACCCUUGCAAAACCAACCAGGAAGUGCUGGAAUUUGUCACCAGUGGAGGAAGAAUGGAUCCGCCAAAAAACUGCCCAGGACCAGUGUACCGGAUCAUGACGCAGUGCUGGCAGCACAGCCCAGAGUAUCGGCCAAACUUCUCUACCAUCCUGGAAAGAAUCAAAUAUUGCACACAGGACCCUGAUGUGAUCAACACUGAGCUGCCCAUGGAGUGUAGCCCCACACCAGAGGAUGAAGGGAGUAUGGUCAUCCGCCCAAACAUUUCCAGUGGGAUAGUGCCGCUGCUGGUAAGCCCUUCUCUCACACCUCAGACAACACCUAAAACAAUGGAAUCUCAUCAUGCUGGACACAAACUUGUACAAUGCCCACAAGAGCUCCUGGUGGAGAACCUGAGCAACCGGACUGCCCGAGGGCCCAGCCUGCCAUGUCUCAGUGAUUUCAACAGCGGGUCGUGGUUGCAGCAGACAUCAAACCAGAAGUUAGACCUCACCAAUCCAGCAGCCCACAGACCUAAAAACAAAACAAAAAAUCUCUGGAACCCAACCUAUGGAUCAUGGGUGCUAGAGAAUAUCUGUCACUUCAGCCCCAGCUCCAAGCUCAAAGCAAAUCCAGAGCGGGAAGAUUCAGGCUUUGAUGGGAAUUGCAGUUCUCCUAGCUCUCGGACAUCUCCAGCGUCUCCAAGUCGAAGCAACUGUCCUCACCUGGAUAUCAGUGGGAUAGAACUGGUGAAACUCCAGACUUUCCCCUGUGGCAAUGCAAAUUAUGCUUACGAUGACCUGUGCUAUAGUGCUGACCACCAGCCAUUAGCUUUAGCAGAAGUCAGAGCAGCUGUGCUAAGAAGCUCCAGUUUGCACAGAGAUGAAAACUCUUUUUAUAAAACAGAGAAAACAUCAAGAGAGAGGGACUCUGGUCUGUCUUUGUCAGAUGACCUGAGUGUUACUCCAGUAUAGCAGAAAUGGUUCUUCCCAAGAUCAGAGAAUGUGUGUGUCAGGAAGGAGUGCUUCCUAUUUCACUUCCUCCAUUUUAACUCCUUCAGAUGGGUGAAGUUUCAACAUCAGCAAUGUUCUGCUUCCUCCAUCUACCUGCUGGAUCCCCAGAUCGUUAAAGAUAGUUGUAUUUCUAUCUCUGUCCUUCAAAUGUGUUCCAGCUUAGAGGUGGAGAACAAUGGCAUUAUUUCUCUGAAUACCUAGGGAAUAGAGUCCUCCUCAAUAUGCUCAGGUGAAAAGAAAUGAACCUACCAUCCAGCUGCAGCAUUUGGAUGGAAAUAAUGACCAAUACAGGUUGUUUUUCUUUCUGACUGAAGAAUCCAAAAACAUGUGCUGUGCCAGCAGCAACCAAAAUGCAAAGGCUGCUACAUUCCUGAGAGCUUUUUACAGUCCUGAUGAAUUACCAAUUCUCAUGUAGUAUAUGGGAAGUAAAAAAAAAUAGCAGACACAUUUUUAUCUGUUUUAUUAGUAGACCUUGUGAAAGCUAUUGCUCAAAUUGGAAGCAGUAGGAAAGAUGAAAAAAAAAAUAAUCAGACUCCUCUGACCAUGUGCUUUGAAAACAAGCAAUGAAGAGGAAAACAAAUUUACCAUUAAAAAAGCAGUAGUUGGUGGAGCUGAUAGUAUCCCUUGGAAUAGUGAAGGAAAUGUGCUGCUUGCCUCAUGGUGUAGCUCUCCUCACAGCUCCUGGCACUGAAGGGGCAGGUGGUUUUUCAAGAAAGCAAGAGCUGCAUGGCGUGAUGAGAAAUGGACUGUCUUUAUCUUCUAAUGGACUUUACUUGAGAUGAACUUAAUUUCUGUAAGAACUUUGAUAUUCAGGAUUAAUUCCCUGUGCUAUGUUGGUAAGCAUUAAGCUGAGGUUCCUGGGUGACUGUCUAGCAUUUGGUGUACUGGAGUUCUUGGUUUUAACACCCACGUCUCUGAGGUAGAAAGUAAGUCAUGACAAGGAAGGGCAGAGUGAAGGGAAACCUAAUGCAAACACUACUUGGGGUGCUCUUUAUACAGGAAGGUAGAGUAGCUCAACCAUUUGAGAAAGCUAAAACCAUGACUUUGCUUCAUACAGGUGAGCAGGUCAUAAUUUUUCCUUGCCUAGCAAACACAGCACACAGACCUUCUGGUAAAGGUAGUUGUUUGUUUUGAAGACAGCUCAUUUCUAAGGCUUUCUUUGGUUGCUUAGGAUGUAAACUGAUGGUUACUGGUUAAAGCCUGCAAAAUAAUGAGACAGAAAAGGCAAAGAAUUUGGAUUAAGUCUGAACAGUCUUGGAAGCAUUCUGUCCUUCUACCACUCCUGAAUGUCACACUGCCAACCUACAGUGGCAAAUUACAUUACCUUUCUGCGUAAUCAAGUUGGGUGGUGAGAUGUCAGCUGUAGACUACUCUAGUUUCUUUCUGAGGUAAGAGGUUCUCUGGUGCAUGCUUUACGCCUAGUGGUCAGCUGUAUGUACAGUCUGAAGAUAUGCGUUAUAUAGGAGAGGGUUUGCUUUGACCACACAGGCUUCCUGUCCUUUACAUCAUUUAGGGAUGGACACUACUGAGCUAUGGUAAAGAAAAGCACAGAGUGAAGAGUGUGAAUCCACCCUCAGUGAAAUGCAUUCUUGCCCCAGGUUUAUGCUUUGUUGAUCUGACUUUGUAUCUGUUCCAAACUUUCUAUAGUUUUAGGCCUUUGACUUUAGAAUGACUAGUUUUAUAUAAUGUCAUUUCAGUGCAUAAAAAUAUCUUAAGAACAGGUGUCAAGAGGAUGGGACCAGACUCCUUCCAGUGGUACCCAGCAACAGGACAAAGGGCAACAGGCACAAAUUGAAAUGCAGGACACUCCAUCCAAAUAAGAACAAAAACUUGUUUACUUUGAGGGUUACAGAACACUGAAAGAGGUUGCCCAGAGAAGCUGAAGAGUCUCCUUCUCCAGACACACUCAAAAUCCAUUUGGAUGUGAUCCUGUGCAACCUGCUCAAGGGGAACCUACUUUAGCAGAGGGGUUGGACUAGAUGAUCUCUGGAGGUGCCUUUUAACACCAACCUUCUGUGAUUUCCAGACACAAAGGGUGAUGACAGCCACCUUUCAGCAAUGACCUGUAUGGUACGGAAAUAAUUCCAAAUCUAUGCUGUAAAAUGACAGAUGGUCAGAAGACAGGGGUCCCUCUGUGUGGGGUGAAUUCCAGUAGUAGUGUGAGCACUGAGGAGCUUAGUGACCAAGGGAGACGGCUGGCCUUGCCUCCUGCCCUUCUUUCCCUUUCACCUUUGCUUUAGCUCUCUUGGCUUCUCUCACAUUUAGCUUAUCACCUGUGCUAUCUUACAUCCAGGAGUUGCUACAGCCCAGUUAGAUGAGGCAGAAGAGCCCAUUUAGCAAGAAAUUUUCUCAUUCUUUCCUGUUGCAGAGCCUAACAUUUUUGGUCAUGUUUCAGAAUGGCUACCUCUGGAACAUUCCAGUCAAAAAUCAAUACAUCUACUCUUAGUUAAUUGGAAUUUCAUCAGUUUAUCCUUACCUUUCAGAAUAUAUUAGUCUCACGGUUUAUGCAUUAGUAUUUUUUUCCCCCAAAGGUGACCUAUUAAACUCUCCAACAGUUGUGACUUGGUAUCAGCAAGUCAGCUGCCUCCUCCCUGAAUAUGUGAUAAGGCCACAGGAGAGUGGCUCAGCUGCAGUGGACAUGAUGCCAGCUCACUUUUCAACCCUUGUUUGUAACAGGCUCUGUCCUGAGCAGAGCACUGGCGGUCAUGAUCAUGCUUUUGCAGGCCCAUUAUGACUGUUUUCUCCUUACCCAUCAGCAAGGGAAAUUGGUGGCAAGAGACUUGUUCAGAAGCCAUGAGAAGUUAACUAUACCACCUUCUCUUCCCACAGACUUUUUUACAUUACAAAUACAAAGAACUGUCUUGUGCCUGCUACUUCAUAAAAUAACCUAACAACACCCUAAGAUUGCAGUGAG